GGAUAGAGUGCGUAUUUUAAGAGCUGCGCUACCUUGUUACUUAACAGACAUUGGAAGCCCGUAAGCGUAAUACUGUUGUCCUAGGGCUUCUCAUAUAUAAACAGGAAUUUCGUAACGAUACUACUUCAUUGUAGCGAGCGGACAAGAAUGAAUUCUAUUUGGCACUAAGAAUUGCCUCGUCCAAAACAAAGAGACAAUGUUUGAAGAGAAGGGACUAGCUAAGAGAAGAGGAACACAUACAGUUAACACAAACCAUAUUUUCACUAUUAUCCAGAAAACUGUGGUGUAGCCGACACUGCAGUCAACUUUCUAUGUCAUAUGAGUUCACAGUAUUCUUCAUGAUAAAAGCUUAACGUUCAGUAAAUAUUACUAAAAGACAGAAAUUUUAAAGUAGUAAUCCUCUUCAAUACCGGGUUUGUUGGUAUGUUCAUAAUGCUGAUACUAAUACGGAUUCUUUUAUUUCCCUAAAUUAUAAAUGUUGGUUAGUGAAUCUGUCGUGGUACAAUACUAACCACCGCUUUAUGUUCACCAUCCUGUAUGUUACGUUCUCAUUCAUUUUGCCCUUAUUAUUAAACUUUUUAUUCUGUUACACAAUAGUUUUUACGAUAUAUUUUUUAGGGUACUUAUGCUGUCGGUCACAAUCUCGGGUAAACUUUCUGUGAGGACUUGUAAUGAUUGAUAAAAAAUGUGUUAACUUCUGUUAUAAAUAUCUUGAUAAAGUUGUGCGUCUUUGCCAACAACCGAAAUUGAACUUGAAACCUAGUCCACCUUAUAUUUUGGAUACAAUUCCAGAUAUAUACGAAAAGCUACAAAGAAUAACUGCAAACUACGAAGAAAACUAUGAUGCACUUUCUAAAAUAGAAUACUUUCAAAUAUACAUUUCGACGUUGAUCGAUAAGUGCAAGCAAACUAUUAAUCUUUUCAAAAAUUCCAAAGAGAAAAUCUUCGACAUCAACUCGGAUGCACGGUUUCGUCUGAUUAAGUUAUCACUAGUAUAUUCACAUCUGCUUAACGAUUUGGAAGCCCUUUUUCCACAUAAUACUUUCGAUUCGUUGAGUUUUCGUAUAACGAAGCCUAAUGCAGCUCAAUGGUGGUCGAGUAAUUUUGGGGAUAGUGUAGUUGUUUCUUGGCAAUUAUUCAAGGAUUCGUUAAUUCAAACAUUCAGCAUAGAUUCUGAUACUCAGCUGUUGGCUCUCCAAACUACUAUAGACAUAACUUGUAAUGAUUACGUAUCUAUCUUCGAGUUCGAUGUAUUUACCAGAUUGUUUCAACCGUGGAACAAUAUACUGGAGACCUGGAAGGCAUUAGCUAUCCUCCAUCCAGGUUACAUGGCGUUCAUGACAUAUGAUCAAGUUAAAUGUGUUCUGAAACGUUACUGCACUCACCCUGGUCCGGGAACAUACAUAUUUCGACUAUCAUGUACUAAACUAGGUCAGUGGGCUAUUGGAUACAUUACACAAGAACUAAAAAUCGUACAAACUAUUAUACAAAAUAAAUCCUUGACGCAGGCGUUAGUUGAUGGAGAAAGAGAAGGAUUUUAUUUGUACCCAAACGGUAAACCCAGUCCUACUACAUUGCUUUAUCACUUGACACAUAAUCUCCUGCAGGUUCACUUGCAAGUAACAAAGGAACAGUAUCAGCUUUAUUGUGAAAUGGGUUCAACCUUUGAAUUAUGUAAGAUAUGCGAUGAGAAUAAUAAAGAUACGCGACUCGAACCCUGUGGUCAUUUGAUUUGUAAGAACUGCUUACUUAAUUGUCAAUCCACAGGCAAUGGUCUAGCUUGCCCAUUUUGCCGCUUGGUAAUAAAAGGCACUGAAGAUAUUAUUGUUGAUCCUUACAAACCGUCAAGCAACUCUGGAAAACUAAGUUCCCAACCCAGUGAUUCCGUAGUAAUUUAUCAUCAAACAGCGUUUUUUCAAGAACUAGCUAACGACCCUUCGGAUUUACCUUCAUGUAGCCGAAAAAUUUGCACACCGGAUUCUUUAUCUAUGAGACCGCCACCUAUACCGCCAAGAAACUUUUCUCUAACAUCUACCAUAGAUAAUGCCAUAAGUCACAACAAUGAAUGUCCAGCUAGCUGCCACACUGCUACUUCAACGAACUACGGAUUCGGAAUUUCCUCACUUCUCUCAGAUUCUAAUGAGAACAUUCGAUUAGCGAAUCCUGAUACAUUCGUGGUAAACGAUACGCUUUUACAUUCGUUUGAUGACUGUAGUGUUAAUAGAUGGUUAUGCUCUAAAGAGAAUAGUCCUCUGUUACCUGCGCAAGUUAUUUCCCAGGCGGAUACAGAAAAUGUCAGUCGUCAAAUGGAUUUAAAUUACGCCCAAUUAGAUUUAAACAAAUCAGAUUCCGACGACGAAUUAGAGGCUAGUUUAGCCUCUGAUGUAAAAGGCGAAAUCCGAGAUAAGCAAGAUGAUAUCAAACCAUCUACACAACAGGACAUGAGUACAAACCCAAAUCUCAUUUGUGAAUCUCUGUCAGAUGUUAGAAACCACAGAAACUGUUCUCCAGGUAGUUUUUCUAAUAGAAAUAUGAUUGCCUCCGGUACAUUACAGUGUAACCUCACUGAAUGUCAAGCGAAAUCUGUGGAUGAAAAUGUAAGGCAGUUAGUUAACUCGCACCCUGAAAUGACUGAAGCGACAGCUACACUACUGCUCACUUUGACAGAAAACCGUUUAUAUAUGUCACAUGAGAUCUGGAAGCAUUUUAUGCCUCGCGUUUAGAGGCGUUUAAACACUUGUUGGUAAUAAUAUGGUUAAUGUUAUCUUAGAGAUACUGCAAUGGGCCCAACGUUAAAAUUACUUUGUAUUUUUUUAUUUCUUACUUGAAUUAUACUGGUAAUGUUUAUUGUUCCGCAAAGUUUGGCUGACUUUUCCAUCUAAUUUUCGUGCUUUCAUGUUGACACUGCAGAUAGUGUUUACCUAACUCCUAUGUUGUAUAAUUUCUUUUGCUAAAACAUGAUUUUAACAACGAAUGAUAUGAUAUUCUAUUGAUAGUGUGCACUAUAUUUGAUUUAACUUUGAAAGCUCUUUCCUCCCAUAUGAUUAAAUUUGAUUAGGUAUGAGGAUCAUCGGCAAACAUCAUCCCGAAUUUCCAUUUACUCUUAGGGCCUUCACUAGUUGGG